ACCCGCUUUUCGAAAUCGUGUCGAAAUUUCAAUACGCAGAGCAGCGGAAACGAACAAACUGCCGAAAGACAUCUGACAACAAAUAUCUUUCAGCGCAAAAAAUUUCAAUUGUGUAUUUGAAAACCGCCAUGAUUGCUGCCGCGCUGCAACCCGUCUCAGCAGCCCCUGAAUAUCUGUGCUUCGCUAAGACCCGGAGUAGAAGAAAACCCUUGGUUGCUCUCCGGAAUUCGCUGGUAAUCGAUACGGCGGCGGACGAGCAGGCCUCAGCCGAAACACCGCCGGAAUCUGUCUCCCGCCGCCUUAUACUGCUCCGCCACGCCAGGAGUUCCUGGGAAGACCGGUCUCUCAGAGAUCAUGAUCGACCUUUGAGUAAAUUGGGACGAGCUGAUGCUGUCAAAUUAGGUCAGAAACUUGAGCAGUUGGGUUGGAUUCCUCAACUUGUACUAUCCAGUGAUGCAAAGAGAACACGGGAAACGUUGAAAAUUAUUCAGGAGCACGUGCGUGCUUUCUUGGAAGCCGAGGUACAUUUUGUUUCGAGCUUUUACUCCGUUGCAGCCAUGGAUGGGCAAACAGCAGAGCACCUUCAACGUACCAUAUGUAAAUACUCAAGAAAUGAGAUUCUUACAGUAAUGUGUAUGGGCCAUAACAGAGGAUGGGAGGAGGCAGCUUCGAUGUUCUCUGGUGCCUCCAUAGAACUGAAGACUUGCAAUGCUGCUUUGCUUGAAGCAACUGGGAACUCAUGGGAAGAGGCAUUUUCUUUAGCAGGAUUUGGUGGUUGGAAACUGCAUGCUGUCAUAAAGCCCGAGUCUGAUCUCCUAGGUGUUGUUUAACGCCAAAUUAUCGUCCCAGCUGUCAGUGAACUUGCUCCGCUUCUUCUACACUUGAGAUCUGACACGAUCGUGUCAAUAGAGGAGUUAUGGGAAUAAGUUGUCCAUGUGGCUGUAUCUUCCGAGGUAGUUCUACGAGUUUUCCUACUUGUUGUCACCUCACUGUAGUCCUAUGCUUUGAUUGCUGGAAAUACGAGUGCUCAUGAGCUAUGCUUAUUCAACUAGCGAAAGUUCAUUUUUUGGAUGAACGUACAUAUUGAGGAAAGGCAUCUUUUGUACAUUUUAGGACUAUUCAGAGCAUCCAGCCAUCUGUGAGGAAAUAUGUUGCUAUUACAUUCCAAUGGAGUUCUCUUCAUGAAGAUGUUUUAUCUUCUGCAUAUGUUAUUAUCGCCACUUCAUUUGUAUUGAUAGCUAAAAUGCUAAAACUACUGUACAAUCGGAUUAAUAAAAAAGCUUUGCUAUAUUAUUUUGACUUGUA